CGAUGACCAGUGUUCAAACUCAAGGUUGGACAGCCUCGCUUUCGUUUGUUUAUUACUAGAGCUCUCCACGGCGUGGUUACCAGACAGAGCUAGGUCCUGUCAAUGAACGUUGUAUAGUUUCAGUUUUAUCAAUUUUAGGGGGGGUUCUCCUUGUGGAGACUUGUGUAUUUUUUUUAAUUUAGUGUUCGCUAGAAGGAUUAUAGAUACCACAUUGUUUGUUUACUAUCAAGUCAACUACUGACAUGAAAAAAGUUCAGAAGCCAGCAGACUUCCGAAUUUUCUAUGUCAGUGAUGGCACCGCAGUGGCAGAAGCUAUCCACAAAAAGUUAUCUGGUGGUGACCGGUACAAUUUGGUGGUGGAUCUCUAUGACUUACAAAGGCAUUCAACUUCUGGAUCCUCUGGCUCAUUACAGCCAACCUCUCCAUUACCUCCAGCCCAUAUUACAGUGCUUGUGGUCACUCCAUCAAUGAUCGAGUUUUUGAAAGGCCUGGAUGAUAAUGAUAGGGAAAUUGCUCUCAUCAAAGAGAAUGGAGAGAAACCUUUAGUGGCACUGAGCUUCCAUGUAGAAAUAGAGGUAGUACAGUCUUUUAUUCCCUCAGUCUUCCAAGACAUGCAAUGUUUUCACAUUGAAGCAAUAGGCAAACAGAGUAACAGUUUUGGCCCCUGCAUUAUAGCAUUGAUCUCUUUUCUGGAGCAACAACAGGAGCCUAUGCCAGUGCCAACACUAAAGAAAUGUCGCCUAGUGCCAGCAACACCUGUUUUGGCUGGUGACACCAUCCACAUUCUACUAGAGACAAACUUAGUCUCUUCCUUGGAGAUAGGAUCACUAAGCUUGUCAUUUGAUAAUGGAUUUCGGCUGACAAUUAGAAGAUCAGUUGAUGGUCGCUAUGAGUUCCAGGCACCAGAAUGCCAUUUAAACAAGCUACAAGUAGACAUAUUCUCAGCAUGUGGUCAAACAAUUGGGACCGAGAUAAUUAUGUACAAAGAUAAAAUGGAUAUCCUAUCCUCUUUGCUGGAGGACAUAGUCAACCCAAACGAAUUCUUGGCCCAGUCUCUACGUCUGAAUGAGACAUCAUCAGAGGCUGUAGACAAGUUCCUAUCAGAAAUGUUCAGCAAAGCAGAUCUUUCAAUAUGGCCUAAAAAAAUAGAUAUAGAUAUAGAUGCUACUAUCAAAGCCAAUUAUUUAGACAGGCAUUCUUGUGCUAAGUCACCCCAGGAGAUGCCAACAAUUCUUCAUCUUGCUGCAAAGUAUAAUCUAUUAAUGCUGGCUGAGACUCUGUCAAUGCAGCCUUUUUCAUUUCAUGCACUACAAAUAAAGAAUAAAGAUGGCUUGACACCUGAAAAAUUGGCUUUAAAAUAUGAACAUUUACAAAUGGCGGAUUUCUUAGAGGCUUUUUAUGAGAUAAGAAAGAUGUCAUAUGAAAGCACUAAAAGUAAAGAAGGCACAACACCAAAAGAAACUGAGGAAGAUCAAGGAUGUGCACAAGGUUCUACCGAGUCAGACUACAUGACAAUGACAGCUCUUCAACUAUCAUCAGUACCUAAACAUUCUUAUGAUAAAUUUUUGCCAAAGCCAGCUACAUCACCCACCAUUGUUGGGUCCAUUAAACAUGGCAGAUAUCACAGUUUAGACUCAUCAGAUAAAACGAUGGAAGAAAUAAAUGUCAGUCAACCACUAAAUAUGCCAACUCGAUCAAGGAAAGGAAGGGAAAGCCCAGAGUCCCCUGGUGUUUCAACAGUUGCAAGGGCUGUCACUCCUCCUAGAUUAGAGCAAACUCUGAAAGUGUUUGUGUCUCAGCAGAUUGAAGAAGUAGAUCAGCAAAUACAACCUGGCACAUAUAUCAAAGGGAAGUCAGUUCAGAAAGGAAACAAACCAAUGCCCAGCAGAUGUCGCAGGUCAAGUGUAUCCACGGCUCAGUUUUACUCCCCAAGAUCCAUCCCUCUCAAAGCAAGCCAGUCUUUGCAAGCUCUAAAUGAAAUAUCAUUGACAGAAGAAGUUGUUCCUCCUCUACCAAGAAGAUCUAAAAAAAGUCCUGUGUCUCCUGUUCAAGCACCACCACUACCCCUCACAUUACCCCCACCUUUGCCCUCCACACUGCCCCCACCUUUCCCAUCUAUAACUCCACCACAAGCCAGAUUUCCCAUAAAUUGUCAUUCCCCACCACCACCCUUGCCGGCUAAGUUUCCACUUUUGCCACCAACACAGUCUCAGCCAAUGAAUGUAUACUUUGAUGCAAAUAAAGACAAUGGAGACCAUAUUUAUGACAGAAUCAGCGUUGUGGAAUCAGACCUUGUAAAGUCUACAGUGGAUGAUCAAUCUUGUUUAAGAACAAAAACAUCGAAUGGAAAACAGUCAUUUCGAAGGAUUGUUUGUGUUGAUAAUCCAAAUCAACAGUCCAGUGUCGUGCAAGCAUCUGUUAUCAUUCCCAUCCCGCCUUUAUCAAUUUCGCCAGGAACUUCAACGAGCACACUGAUAUCAUCUGAAAUUUCCCCCACCAUAACCUCUACUCCAGUGUCCCCCACCAUAACCUCUACUCCAGUGUCCCCCACAGUAACCUCUACUCCAGCGUCCCCCACCUCUCCCUUACCCGAGCAGCAGUCAAAAUCUCCAUCCAUCUUCUCAACGAUUUUCAAGAUUUCUAGAAGCAAAUCAAAGUUACACAGAGCAAGCAAAGACCAAACCACCAAAAUUGGUUAGUGAAUUGGCUUGAUGAGGUGGCUUAAGCACUCAAGUUUGAAUAUGUCAUACAACAUUUUCUUUAUAUAAUGCAUUAAAAAGUGAUUUUAAAAAGUAUUUAAUCAUGAUACAAUGAUAUCAAACAGAUUAAUUGAAUAUACAUAUAGAUAUAUAUAUAUAUAUUCAUUAAGAAGUUAGAAGUUAUUUUAAAGAGACAUUUGAUUUCGAAAUGAUCAAAUAAUUGUUUUUCUGUUGUUAAAGUUUUUAAAGUUAUUAAAAAAAUCAUUUUUCAUUGUUGAAUCAAAUUAGAACUUCGUUAUUGUUUUAGUUAGCUUGUGAUCACAGCUGUUGCCAUUUAAUCUCAUCUUUCUUAGUGCCAUGUUGUAAAUGAAUCCUAUUUAUUAGACCAAUAGAUAGAAGAAACAAAUGACAAAGAGAAGAAACUAUAGACAAACUACUAUGCUAUCACAACUGAAGACUAAAACCUUAGACAGACUUGUGUGCUUGACUCACUUGUACUGCUGACCUUGAUAUUUGACAGGAUACUUAAUUUAAUCUUAAUUUUAGGGCCUCAAUGAUCACUGAAGACAAGGUUAGCUUUUCUUUUUUUAAAGGUGAAAAUGGUGGCUUAAAGAGCAUCAAACUAAAGCAUAUUAAUGACAAGUAAUAGUUUCAAUAAUUUUUAACUAACCUUUGUGCUAAUUCAAUCUUAUGAUACUGUGACCACAAAAAGAAACAUGCUUUUUUUCUUGCCCUUAAGGCCCAAGAAAAUUGAAAGUUUUUCAAAGUUGUGUUGAAAAGUGUCACAUCCAAUUAAUACACAUAUACAUAUACUUAAGAAAGCAGUCAGAUGUCUCUGAUUAUGAGAAUGUAAUGGCAGGUUGAUGGCAAGUGGGGGAAAAUGUGCAUGGUGGAGCUUACUGAUAUUUCUUAACUGGUGGAGCAUACUGAUUGUUGACUGAUGGACCAUGCUGAUAUUUUUUAACUGGUGGAGCUUACUGAUAUUUCUUAACUGGUGGAGCAUACUUAAAAGUUGGUGCAUACUUAAAUGUUGGCGUAUAUGUAAGUGGUAGAGCAUACUUUAAUGGUGGUGCAUAUUUAAAUGGUGGACCAUACUGGUAUAUGUUAAAUAGUUUAUUCUUGUAAGUUCUGGGUUUGUAUCUUGAUUGGGCUUGUCAAGUUUUUGCCUAAAUUACCAAGGUCAAGUCAUUCCAGCCAAAGAAGUGUGCGUUGAUUUGUGACUCUUGGUGGUGGUUGCUCAUUUAAAAUGACUUGAGUGAGUGAUUCACCUGACCUAUUAUUAUGCCUCAUGAUCUUGCAUUGAAUAUUGCUUUUAUUUGUUGGACAUAAGUAAUUAUUUUAAACAUUUUCUUUCUUUGUGUUUUGAAAUUCGAUGACAUGAAAUGACUUGGUUGUAGAGUUGAUAUAGUGCAAUCUUUCUUUAUGAUCAAAAGUAGAAAAACUUUAAUCUAAGACACUAUUCAAUAUAGUGAAAUCUUUCUCUCAGAUACAAUGAUAAUUCAUUUAAAUAGAGAUAAUGCUCACUUUCAGCUUAGAGCCUAAAUUCUAACAGUUUUGGAAUUAGGAUUUGUAGGAUUCUUACAGAUUUCAAGCACCACCUAAGGGCAUUUAACAUGAGACAGAAUGGCAUAGAUAGCUAUCUUUGCUGUCCUUGUUAGGUAUGUGGUCACAGAAAGAGAAAGGGCCUUAUAGAUUUUGUAAUCUGCUAUAAUGAAAGGCAACAACAGAUUGAAAGAUAGCACACCUUUUUUUACACAAAUAAAGAUUUUUGUUAACUCUACACUUAAGUUACCAUUGCAUUUCUGACAUAGUUUUGACAUUUUCUGACAUAGUUUUGACAAUCUAGAGAUGAUUCAUAGUAAUUCCUGACUUGACUUUUACAUUCCUGUAUAAACUUUGAUUAUUCUUAUUAAAGUUUUUCCAUAUUUUUUCAAGUGGUUUUACCAAGCAUGCCACACUUUCACAUUGACGACAACUGAUAGGACUGAUGACCACUAGGAAACUUUUGACUUGUAAAAAAUGUAAAUAUAUUUUCACAAACUUUUAAAUUUGCAUGUAUAUUUUUACUCUUUAAUUUUGGAAGCUAUUAUUCCCUAACGCAGCAAUAAAAACACAACUUCAUGAAGAAAGAGACUCUAUUUAAUGAUGUUAUAUCACAGAAAAAAAAAAUAGAGGGCCACACAUUGAUAAACAAUUUAUAAUGGAAACCACCCCCUAAAUAAUUAGACAUGUUAGAUUUUUAUUCCAUUGUCACAAGAUUUCUUUCGAUAAAAUUUUUUUUUUUUUACAUAUGCAAAUUUUUACAGAACAUUUUCAAACAUUGUUAACUUAGUUUCUAGCCUGCUAAAGUAAGAAACAUGAUGGCUCACAAAACAGUAUAGAACACCGCCAUAUUGAUAAGGAAAACUUAGGGAAGAAUCUAUUUCAUUUUUUCUUUUGUUAGAAAACUUCUUGACUGCUAUGACCAAAUUUAAUUUAAAAUUGCUUUCCUGCAUUAUUCCUUAAUACUCUGAUGUUCACCGUAAACCUGUUUAUACAUUUUCUAAAUUAGUUGUGUGAACCAUCAAAUACAAAUAUAUUUAUAAAGAUAACUUAAUGACUGUGAUAUGAUAAUAGUCAUUGUAAUCUUUAAAAAAAAAAAAUAUUAACUGACCUACAUAUAAAUACUAGUUUGAAAAAUGCUAAUAAGGAAUGUACACAGUCUAUUACAUAAACACAAAUACAACAUUGGAAGAAAAACUUUUGGCAAUGUUUAUGCAAAGUGUAAAAAACCAACAUUUAUAGCUACAUUCUAUUCUUAUUUUGGCAACUUAUAUUAUUAAUUUUAGUCUAUCCCUGAUGUAUAAUUAUUUUUUUUUUUUGACAAUGUAAAACUGUCAUUAAUAUUUUUUGGCUUUGGGUUAUGUAAAUAUAUAUGUAUGUAAAUUUAAUGCAUUUUUAAAGUUUAUUGUUAAAUGGACCAUUUUUAUAAUGUAUUUUAACCAUUACUGCUUUAUGUAAGAAACUUAAAAAAGAUUUCCCGAAUCUUUUUUUUUGUUCAUAUUUUGUAUGUAACAAAUGGAGUGAGUAACUAUGAGCAACUUAUCCAGUAUUAUUUCAUUUGACCUGUACAGUCAAAAACAUUGAUGAUGAGAUUGUGCAUUCUGUAUAUUUAUUACUCAGUUCAACCACCAGAUGCUUUCAUGUGGCAAUCCGCAGUCUAAAUACAAUUUAAGCAUAAAAUCAUGCAAGUAUUUAGUAUUUAAUUAUUGCCAACUGUAAAAAGUGCCAACAAAAAAAUGUUACAUUGUCUUUCACUUUCCUGCUCAAUGUACAUAUGGUAACUAUACCUCAGACAAGUCAUGCAAUUUACUAUCUACUUUUAAACAAAAAUAUUUUGAUAUGUACAGUCUUUUUCUUUUUU